AUGCAAACUCCUCUGUGCUUAUUAAUUCUGUCGCUUCUUGUAGUUGCUUGUGCAGCAGAGCGACCACGCCGAAGGGCUAGUUACGACAGUGUUGGGUACGGAGGAGGAUAUGGUGGUGGCGAAGGUUACGUCGAAGGCGAAGGUGUAGACCUUGGAGGUAGUAUCGGCAGUACCCUUGGAUUAGGUCUAGGUCUGGCUAGAGGCCUCGCAGCAGGCCUUGCAGCGGUUCAUCAUGGAACAAAGGAUAUAAGCGGCGGCCACAGCGGCGGACUUGGCGGUGGAGCUGGUUUUGGACUUGGCGGUGGACACGGUAAUGGACAUGAAGGUGGACUUGGAGGCGGCAUAGGUGGUGGAAUGGGAGGAGGCCUAGGUGGUGGAAUGGGUGGAAGUCUAGGUGGCGGAAUGGGAACCGGAUUUGGUGGUGGAAUGGGAGGCGGAUUUGGUGGUGGAAUUGGAGGUGGACACGGUAAUGGACAAGGAGGUGGACAUGGAGGUGAAGAUGGAGGAGGCCUAGGUGGUGGCAUGGGAGGCGGAUUAGGUGGAGGAAUUGGCGGCGAACACGGCAAUGGACAAGAUGGUGGUCAAGGAGGUGGACAUGGAGGAGGCCUAGGUGGUGGUAUGGGAGGCGGAUUAGGUGGUGGCAUGGGAGGCGGAUUAGGUGGUGGAAUUGGCGGUGGACACGAUAAUGGACAAGAUGGUGGUCAAGGAGGUGGACAUGGAGGAGGCCUAGGUGGUGGCUUUGGAGGCGGAUUAGGUGGUGGUCGAGGAGGUGGACAUGGAGGAGGCCUAGGUGGUGGCUUUGGAGGCGGAUUAGGUGGCGGUCAAGGAGGUGGACAUGGAGGAGGCCUAGGUGGUGGCUUUGGAGGCGGAUUAGGUGGUGGUCAAGGAGGUGGACAUGGAGGAGGCCUAGGUGGUGGUAUGGGAGGCGGAUUAGGUGGCGGCAUGGGAGGCGGAUUAGGUGGUGGAAUUGGCGGUGGACACGGUAAUGGACAAGAUGGUGGUCAAGGAGGUGGACAUGGAGGAGGCCUAGGUGGUGGCUUUGGAGGCGGAUUAGGUGGUGGUCAAGGAAGUGGACAUGGAGGAGGCCUAGGUGGUGGUAUGGGAGGCGGAUUAGGUGGCGGCAUGGGGGGCGGAUUAGGUGGUGGCCAAGGAAGUGGACAUGGAGGACGCCUAGGUGGUGGUAUGGGAGGCGGAUUAGGUGGCGGCAUGGGGGCGGAUUAG